AUGUCAAUGUUUCCUUCCUUUUCAAGGACUCCAAAACAUAAAUACGACACCGAUGCUCCUGCAAAGACUCCAGGUGGCUGGAAAAGUGUGUUAGGUAUCGCGACGACGACGAAAAAGGAGCCUCCUCCAGACUCCGUAGGCGCCAGUACAGCUUCUACGCGGCUAAAUGGGGGCAUGUCCCACGGUGCCAAUGCUUCCGGAUUGACCAGCAGGGACAAUGCUGGUAGUCCUGAUAUUGGCGAUUACCAGUCACCAGCAGCAGCGUUGCAGUUCUCCCCAGAAGGCAGGGGAGCCUUUUCCAUCGGCACCAGCCCGACGAGAGGAGGCCGCAAAAAACCCUCUCGUCUCCAAUUCUCGGCUCUCUCGUCACGCAAUUCGCUUACAAAUGACGCGACAACUGCCACUGGCACACCAGCGCGAAACCGUGUUGCUUUUGGUGCCGAUGUGGAUCAAUCAGGCGUGCGAAAUAGCCGGUCACCGUGGCGUGGAGCAUCCUCGCAACUCACGACAACCACCGCUGAACCGUCUGUUUGGCAAGGGAGCCGAAACCGAUCUAAUGAAGUUGCAACCUCGACCUCCUUGUCUUUUCUAUCCAACUCCACCAGUGGCCGUGCUCGGAGAUACCGUCCAAAUUCAGGAUUGCUGACAGGGUCCAAGGGUGGUCGGCGUUACCGACGAACUGGAAAAUUGGACGAGGAAAAGUUUGGAAAGGCCCUCGCAGGCGUUCGAGACACCUUUCUACUACCAUACAGUAACCAAGAUUCGUCUACCAACGUCUACUCAACAAAGGGCGGAAUACGGUGGGGUUCGAUGGAGCGGCCGAGUAGAAUCCCUCAAGCCGUCCACAAACGACAACGCCCCGCUCAACGGAUGAAAGUGGCCGAUUCUGCUGAUGAAGACGACGACUUUGAAGGCGAAAGGAGUAGGAAACGCCGAAAGAAAGUCAGCUUCAACGAAGAUGACGAUGAUGCCGUCAUGACAAACACUGUAGCAACCCCCCACGGAAGCAAAGGGAGAUUCAGGCGAAAAGCAACCCCAAUGCCGAAGAAGGAAGGGAAUGCUGCAUUCGGAUCUCCAGCUUCAACAGUAGAUGAUGACGAAGAUGACGAGGUCAUUGCGCCUUCUUUGCAGCGACGGGACAACCUACCUACAGCUCCUGCUCGUCUUGAAUUGAAUUUCGGCUCCUUGAACAGCGACGCUCCAGUACCCUUGUCUUUUCCUUCGGGCAUUGUGACUUCCUAUGAUCCAACGGUCCCCGAUCCAGCUGCUUGCGAUCUCAAAUUUGGUAGUUCAGACAUUAAGUCAGCCAGCACUUCCGAGGGGAUGGUAUCAACCGAAAGCAAAAGCGAAUAUGACAAGAAGCGUUACGAUCGUCCGUUGUCGCCUGUGCUCCGAAGAGGAAUCGAUACACCUGAUGACACUGUUCCUGGACAAGCUCAAAAGAGACUCAAGCUCGGUGACAACAAGGACGAAGAAGUAGUCCCGGACUGGGUUUGCGAUAACUGCCAAGCCAAGAACUCAAACGACGAAUCCAAGUGUUUAAAGUGUGAGACUUACCGUAAAAGCGUGGCAGUUGCUGGGGGGUGGGGGAAUUUGUUUGAUGACUUCCAAAAGGACAAAUGGAAAUGCCCUGCUUGCAGCUCCUUUGUGGAUAAUAGCAAGGAUCAGUGCCAAGCUUGCAAUGAAAAGAGACCCGCAGAUGUCGGAACCAAUGCAGCCGCCGCUCCUUCUCCGACGCCCAACAAUUCCAGUGCUGCCCCCGCCUCGAAAUCUUUUGCCUUCGGGAAGCCAACCCCAAACCUGCCCGUUCCGACAGGGCCUGCUCCUGAGAACAAGUUUGAAUUCAAAGCUCCUUCUCCUGGCGCUGCCGCUCCCGCAAGCACUGGUGGUUUCAAAUUUGAAGCCCCCAAGAGUUCGGCCUCUGGAACGGGAUCGGGCGGCUUCCUUUUCCAGGCCCCCCAAGCUUCGAAGGAAGGCAAACCGGCCACAGCGCCAACAGCAAGUUCUGCGGCAGUUGGGGGUUUCAUCUUUGGCGGUACCGCUGUUCCAGCAAGUGGCUCGAAUGCGGUAGGUUUAGAUGCUGCGAAACAAAAUGGAACAACAGCCAGUGCCUCGAAGAUGUCUGCGAACGCGAAGACGUUUUCGCCUGCCAAGCGCACGGGGGAAAAUGGAGACAAAAAGCUUGGCGGAUCACCCAAGAACGUACAGUUUGGAUUGUCGGAGUCUGCUGGCAGUGGCGCAGGUAAAGGAAACUUCGGUUUUGGAACCGAUUCCACCUCAAAGUCACAAUCGACAUCUGCUCCUGCACCAUUUGCUUUCGGGUCAACAAAUGGUGGUUCUGCAGAGGAAAAGAAGAGCCAAAUUGACCCCCCUGCUCCUGCACCUUUCGUCUUUGGAAAAGCACCGGCUGGUUCCGAAUCGAAAUCGUCGGAGCCGGCACCAGGUAGUUUUACGUUUGGUUCAGCUGCUGCAUCAUCGAGCGGAGAAUUCUCGACGUCCUUUGGGACGAAUCAAGCAUCAACAAGCGCUCCGUCGAAGUCCUCCAUGAGCGAGCAAAAGCCGAAACGUCAACGGGGGUAUGAUUUGAGCAACGGCGAGAAGACGAAGGCUGCAAAGACUCCAACGUCAUCGGGAGCGGCAUUGUUUGGUGCCCCUGCAUCUGCUGCUCCGAAGGAACCUGCUUCUGGCGGCACUAACGCAUUCAAAUUUGGUAGCGCAUCAGGUGACGCCGGGGCCGCUGUAGGCAACACACCAGCAGCGCCCUUUGGUAACUCGAGCGCUGCUCCAUCAGGCGGGCUUCAAUUUGGUGCUUCCGACCAGACGUCAAGCAACGGUACCUCGAAUUCAUUCACCUUUGGAGCAUCUAGUUCUCAGGCACCUGCACCUGCUCCCACAACUGGGUUUGGUCCUGCAGCUCAAGCAACUACUUUCGGCAGUAUCCCUGCUCCUGCGCCCGCUGUUCCCGUCGGUGGUUUUGGAGCGGCGCCAGCAUCAGCCACAACAUUUGGAGUCGCCCCAGCACCAGCCACAACUUUCGGGAGCGGCCCUGCUCCUGCGUUUGGGGCUGGGACGACGCCAGCACCAGGAGUAGCCUUCGGGGCUGCACCAGCACCAACCCCAGGUUUCGGUUUUGGUGCUGCUUCUUCGACAGGCUUUGGUUCAGCCAAUCCGCCUGCAGCAACUCCCGGUGCACCGACAUUUGGUGCUCCUUCCAACACGCCCGCAACCAGCUUUGGUGCGCCUGGCUUUGGCUCGCAAACACCGGCUGCGAACCAGGGCUUCAACUCUGCGGCGUUUGGCAAUGGCGGAGCUGCUAGUUCUGGCUUUGGAACCGCGAAUGCAGCACCCAACUCGACAGGAGCCUUUGGCACAACUGGCUUUGGUGCGCCCCCUGGUGGAGGGUUUGCAAGUACGCCUGUUCCCGCUGGGGGCUUUGGCGGGGGAGGCUUUGGUGCUGCAGCGCCCCAGGCACCUUCAACGGCUCCAAACUUUGGUGCUGCAGCGCCCCAGGCACCUUCUACAGCUCCAAACUUUAGCAUCGGAACAUCUGGUACGAAGCAACGGCGGAGAAUGGUUCGCGCCAAAAGACCUACGCGACCAGCUUGA